AUGUCGGUACGUGGACUUCUCUCCCACUGGCCAGAGCAGCUGCCCCAGGCGGGGCUGGGCAGGACAGCUGCCCUUCCUCUCAUCCUGUCAUCCAGUCCGUGGUGCGAGCGGCCCGCGCCUGGCUGCCUCCGACACUUCCCUGCCUCCUUCGGGAACUCGGGAUGUGGCGAGAGGCCCGUUUUCGAGGGGCGAACCCGGUAUUCCAGGAUCGUCGGGGGGCUGGAGGCUGAGGUGGGGGAGUUUCCGUGGCAGGUAAGCAUCCAGGCGAGAAACCAGCACCUGUGCGGCGGCUCCAUCCUCAGCGCCUGGUGGGUCCUCACGGCCGCGCACUGCGUGAACUCUCAGGACGUCUUCCCGGUCGAGCUGAGCGUCGUCCUGGGGACCAACGACCUAACGAGCCAGUCCACGGGAGCCAAGCAGAUCGCCAGCAUCAUCCUUCACAAGGACUUCAGGAGAGACACCAUGGACAACGACAUCGCCCUGCUGCUGCUCGCCUCGCCCAUCCGGUUCAGUGAGGUGGCCGUGCCCAUCUGCCUGCCCCCACAGCCGCCCCCCGACACCUGGCACCAGUGCUGGGUCGCAGGGUGGGGCCAGACCAAGUCAGAUGACAAAGCUUCGAUGGCUGCCAAGCUGCUCAAAGUGCCCAUGGUCAUUGAGGACUGGACGACGUGUGUGGCCAUGUUCCCCAAGCUCACCAGAAACAUGCUGUGUGCCGGCUAUGAGAACACCAGCUACGAUGCCUGCCAGGGCGACAGCGGGGGGCCCCUGGUGUGCGCGGCGGAGCCCGGGGGCACGUGGUACCAGGUGGGGAUCAUCAGCUGGGGCCGGAGCUGCGGGCAGAAGGACACCCCCGGGGUGUACACCCUGCUGGCCAACUACAACCCCUGGAUCCACACCCUGGCCCGGAUGGAAGGCAAGCCCCUGGACACCAAGACAAAGAUCACCCUGGCCGAGCCGGAGCCCAAGCGGAAGCGCGCCCAGGCCUCGGGGGGCGCCGGGGCCCGCAGCCCCCCGCGCCGCCCGCCGCUCCGCCUCCUGCCCCCCCUGCUGCUCGCGCGCAUCGCCGCGUGGGAAUAA